AGUUUCCCCAGGGUCCCAUACUCCGUACGGAUACAGCCUACAAAAUAUCUGGGACUCGCAUAUCGGAGGGCCCCCCGCCAGUGCCGUACGCACCGCCUCUUCUCCCACCAACUCUUCAGGGAGUUCCCUACGCAGCCAACGCAGCCCGAAGCACAUGAAACAUUUCGCCUUUCCGGCUCCUGCCCACCUUCAAGCGUCAUCUUUUGGCCGAGCCUCGCACUUGCACCCCUCGCCUCGUCUCGCCUCGCAUUCUUGGACAUAUUGUCUCCCCUCCAAAAAGUCACUGCUUUCUAGAAAUACCCACGUACUCUGCAAGAGACGAUUCGAUUCAAUCCUGCAAUCUGCUGUUAUAACGCACAAAGAUAUGCUGCCCAACGCCUGGGAGCCCAACCCCUGACUGAAAACACCCGCUGAAGGAAAGACACACACACAGAGAGGAACUAUCCACCCUUGCACAGCCAAAGAAUAUCGAGAGCUUGGACACCAACAACACCGACACCGCCUUUACAACUCCGCGAAUAUCUGCCACUUGGCCCUGGUCCCCGCCAAUUCGACCUUGACCUGCCUGACCUCUGCAUCCUGCCGUCGCUGCAAUAAAAUAUCCGACUAACGAGGCUACCAAUUCCUGUCCUCCCCGACCGCCUCCGAAUUUCCAUCAGCCUCGUCUUUCCUUCCGGCCAGCUUCUGCCACCUCCGAUUGCACGUGGCGCGCCCAUCGCGGUUGCUGCGAUACCACCACCACCACCACCACCGACAGACGGAGCCCCGAGCACCGCCUUGCAGACGCACCUCGAUAACAAACCACCAAAUCACACAUCUUUCGUUUCCAUCUGCUCGUGUGUGCCAUCUUGUGCCACCAGUGCCUCUCAACUUUGUAAUUACUUGCAAGCAAUCCGUUACUUACCUAGCUUCCACCGUCUGCCAGGAUGAGCCAAAUCCUCACCCCUCGGCAAGCAGAGGAGCUGCACAAGGCCAUUAUCGCGUAUCUCUCCUCGAGCAACCUCCCUAAUGCCGCAAAUGCCCUCAGAGAAGAAUUGCAGAUUGGCGACUCUUUCGAUGCUGCCACUUCGAAGAAAUAUGAGGGAUUGCUGGAGAAGAAAUGGACCAGUGUAGUGCGACUGCAGAAAAAGAUCAUGGAACUCGAGUCUCGAAGUGCUUCUCUGCAAUCAGAACUCGACAAUGCGACACCGACCUCACUAUCUCGACGAAAUCAGGACCCUACUAGCUGGCUGCCACGUUCCCCCGCCCGACACACCCUGCAAUCCCACCGCGACCCUAUUACCUGCGUAGCAUUUCACCCCGUGUUUUCGUCGCUUGCCUCUGGCUCGGAAGACUAUACUAUUAAGAUCUGGGACUGGGAGCUGGGCGAACUCGAGAGGACGAUCAAGGGACAUACAAAGGCCGUUUUGGAUGUUGAUUUUGGAGGGCCCCGCGGUGCGACGCUGCUUGCCUCAUGCUCGAGUGAUUUGACCAUCAAGCUAUGGGACCCCUCAGAUGAGUACAAGAAUAUUCGGACGUUGCCUGGCCACGACCACAGCGUCAGUGCGGUUCGGUUCAUUCCUUCGGGGGCCGCAGGUGCCACGGGAAAUCUUCUCGUGUCGGCGAGUCGUGAUAAGACACUGCGAAUCUGGGAUGUAUCAACGGGCUACUGCGUCAAGACACUGCGCGGGCAUGCGGAUUGGGUACGAGACGUCUGUCCAUCGCCGGAUGGACGCUACCUCUUGUCAACAGGGAACGAUCAGACGGGCCGCCUCUGGGACAUCAGUGCCUCAAACCCCGAAGUCAAGUUAAUGCUGGUCGGCCACGAGCACGUUGUGGAAUGCUGCACGCUCGCACCGCCGACGGCGUACAGUCACUUGGCCUCAUUAGCCGGUCUGAAGAAGGCUCCGCCUGCAACGAACACGGCCGAGUUCAUGGCAACGGGCAGCCGUGACAAGGCAAUCAGGUUAUGGGAUGCUCGUGGAAACUGCAUCAAGACUCUGCUGGGACACGACAAUUGGGUACGCGCGCUCGUUUUCCACCCCGGCGGCAAGUACUUGCUCAGUGUGUCUGAUGACAAGACUUUGCGAUGCUGGGAUCUGGCGCAAGAGGGGAAGUGCGUCAAGGUUCUCGACGACGUUCACGGCCACUUUGUUUCCUGUCUGCGCUGGGCCCCUGGCAUUGCACGGGAGGCGGCCACCAACGGCGAUGGUGCCAAUGGCGCCAACGGAACACCGAGCAAAGCGGCGGCAAAGCCUCAGGACGUCUCAAUACGCUGCGUCAUCGCAACGGGAAGUGUCGACCUGAACGUGCGCAUAUUCGCCAACUAAACAGCACCCUCACUUUGAGGACGUUUCACGACAGAAGACAUAUGGCAUAUGGGGCAGAUGACAACACAAGAUAACGUCGCGAUGAGCCGAGGGCGACUCCCCCCGCGGUGUUUACAUCGCGUGUACACAGGAUGCCGAGUCGCCAACUUGAGUAAUCGCGACGGGAGCAAAUACAGGAUCAUGGCGUAACGAUUCACACGAGAAGCAUGGGCAAACCGGAGGCAGGCGUCAAAAGGGGUCAAAAGUACGGCGUACGAUCUGACGAUUACGUGAUGCCUUCGCUGAUGAUAUAGAUUUUAGGGGAGCUUGUACAUGAUCGAAUAGAUACCCGCAACAUGUCCUCGCUGGGCUUUCAAUUUGGUUCUCGCCUCGUAUGAGGACUGAUGUUUGAUAUGAUGUUGGACGGGAAACUGCAAGAGAGUGAAUGAUUCCAGUACAGAAAUGCGUGGAAAUAAGCUCCGUCAACGAUAUCUCGGCUGUGGUCAUACGCUCGCAGCCCAGCUCUAGAGGUAGAGUGUAUAAAACGGCAAAACUGUAGCGCCAGCAAGUGGAAACCUUUGAAUGAAAUAGAAUGCAG